AACAGUGUAUAUAAAAUGAUAGCUUCCAACGGAAACUGAAACCUCUUUGAAGCAUAUUAUGCUUUCUAAAUAUUUAAAAAUUCAAGGAACAUUUUAGAGAAUGUUUUCUAAUAGAAAUUUUCAUAUUAUCUUCGGAAGUAAAGCAGCAAAAUAUUACUCCGCGGAAACUAAUGAUACAUCAAUAAAAAUUUGAUAAAUUUUAAAAGUUUGUGAUGUUAUAGUCUUCCGUGUUACUGUUACGAUUUAGUUUCUUCUCGAAGUUCUUUCACUAAAUCGUAUAACCUAAAACAAACUUUUCAUCACAUUUUCCUCCCGCGCACAACAUGAAUCACAAGACUACAUUUCUCAGUGUGUGUGAUUGAUAUUGAAUUGAUCCUAGUUUAUGACUGGCACUUAUUGACUUCAGAGAAAUGUUGGCAGAAGUUGAACUUAGAAGAUAGGACAGAACUGAAUACCAUAUUUAGUGUGGUACUUGACCCAUUCAGCCUAUUUUCUAUACUUAUGUAUAUCAGUCAAUUGUCGAGCUGCAGAAACUUGGUUGAAAGUUCAUUUUUCACCAAGGCAUCAUGUCCUUGACCAAUAUACGUCACUCACAAUUACAAAGUUUACCUUUCUGUAAAUAAGUAAUGAAAACGCAUUUCAAAUUGAAAUAAAAAAGGAAAUUAUGAAAUAGUUAUUACAUUAGUUAAUCUUUAACUCAAAUCUUCUUGUGGGCCAAUAAAGAGUAAAAAAAACCAAAACCAUUUCAAUCGUUCUUUCAAAGUUUUUUGUAUUUAUGUAGUGGUUAAUAAUUGCAUUUCUGCGGUCAAAAGAUAACAGCAAAGAAUCUGCUACUAAUUGAAUGACAGAGGUAGUUAUUAUUGAACUCGAAGCAGCAAUGAAAACACUUAAAUCGAAAGAUGAACUUGUAAAAUCUUUGAUGAUUUCACUAAAUGAAUGGAUUUCAAGCAUAUCAUUAAAAUGGAAUGUCAAGUUAAGAAAAAUGAGCAUUAUCAACACCUCCUUCUUUUUGCUUUUAACCAAGGUUCUAAGGCCAUAAAAGCUGCUCAUGACAUUUGUGCUGUGUAUGGAGAGGAUGCCAUAGCUGAAAGAAUCGCUCGUGAUUGGUAUGCCGAGUUCAAAAAUGGAAAUUUUGACCUAAAAGACACACCUCGUUCUGGCUGCCCAGUUGAGGUCGAUGAAGAGCGAUUAAACCAACUUUUGCACAAAAAUUCUCAUCAAACGACAUGGGAACCGGCAGAGAAAAUGGAAUGCUCCCACAUUGCUAUAGAGAAGCAUCUUCACUGAUGGAAAAGGUUAAGAAGUAUGGUGCAUGGGCUCCGCAUGCUUUAAGUGGCAACAACAAAAAUCAACGAGCCACAAUCUCCGCUGGUUUGCUUGCUUGUCACCGCUCAACUCAUGGACACUAGCAGCGAUUUUUUACCAAAUCGUUACUGGUGAUGAAAAAUGGUGCCUGUACAUCU